UAAAACUUAUAUAAACAAAGGUCCUUUAUUUGUAGCUCUGAUUCGGAGCAAGACACUCCGGCUUACAAGUGUGCAGAGCUUUAUUCAUAUUGUUUACUCAAUAUGGAAGUUUUUAAAAAUCUGAUGAUCUUACAAGUACUGAAGCAGCAGUGAAUGAAGAUGAUGGUGAAUACUAAGGUACUUUUCAGGCUAAAUGAGGAAAUAACACCUGUCCAGGUUUCCGUGAAUCAGCAGUGCCCCAGAAAGUGCUUCCCUUCUUGAAACUCCAGGGAAGUAUUGGAAUGAAAAGAACUUGAAGAGGGAGCCUAGCCAAACAGAGAUUUUUGAACUUUGGUAGGCUAGCUGAAGCAGAGUUUUAGCACAAACACAAAUCAAAGUCUGUGUGUUCUUAAAAGCAGCAUUUUCAUAACUAAGAAAUAUCAAGAUUUAAAUCAUAAAUACUUUGGAACACUCAGAAGAACAACAUGGGAGAAACUGAGAAAAUUGAAACCCAUAGAAUAAGAUGUUUUUCCAAGUUAAAGAUGUUUCUGCUGGCAAUAACAUGUGCAUUUAUAUCCAAAACACUAUCUGGAUCUUAUAUGAAUUCCAUGCUCACACAAAUAGAGAGACAAUUCAACAUCCCGACAUCACUAGUUGGAUUUAUUAAUGGGAGUUUUGAGAUUGGAAAUCUUUUUUUGAUUAUAUUUGUGAGUUAUUUUGGAACGAAAUUUCACAGACCUAGAAUGAUUGGUGUUGGAUGUGCUGUUAUGGGCCUUGGGUGUUUCUUACAGUCUCUACCUCAUUUCCUCAUGGACCGGUAUGAAUAUGAAUCUACAGUUUUAGGCAAUUUGUCCUCAAACAGUUUCUUGUGUAAUGAAAAUGGAACCCAGAUUUUCAGACCAACAGAAGAUCCAUCAGCAGAGUGUGUGAAGGAAGUUAAAUCAUUAAUGUGGGUGUAUGUACUAGUAGGAAAUAUGAUACGUGGAAUUGGUGAAACUCCCAUCAUGCCUUUGGGUAUUUCCUACAUAGAAGAUUUUGCCAAAUCUGAAAACUCUCCUUUAUAUAUUGGGUUUGUAGAAACAGGAGCUAUCAUUGGUCCUUUGUUUGGACUUUUGUUAGCGUCAUUCUGUGCAAAUGUUUAUGUUGACAUCGGAUCUGUAAACACAGAUGAGCUGACUAUCACUCCAACUGAUACUCGUUGGGUUGGUGCAUGGUGGUUUGGCAUUUUGAUUUGUGCAGGAGUGAAUGUGCUCACGGCCAUUCCUUUUUUCUUUUUGCCCAAAACGCUUGCAAAGGAAGGAUCAAAGGAUAAUGCUAACAUCGUCAAAAAUGACAAAGAAGAGAAACAAAAAGAAGUCAAGAAGGAAAAUGAUGGAAUUACUAAAGAUUUUUUACCAUUCAUGAAGAGUCUUUUUUGCAACCCAGUUUACAUGCUUUUUUUGCUAAUAAGUGUGGUACAGUUCAAUGCAUUUAUUAAUAUGAUGUUCUUCAUGCCUAAAUAUGUGGAACAGCAAUAUGGAAAGUCAACUUCAGAAGCAAUCUUUCUAAUUGGUAUUUACAACUUACCUCCAAUAUGCAUUGGAUAUCUUUUCGGCGGAUUAAUGAUGAAAAAGUUCAAAAUUACUGUCAAACAAGCUGCCCACAUAGCAUGUUGUUUAUCUUUCAUUGACUUCCUUCUCUACUUUUCGUGUUUUUUCAUGGUCUGUGAUAAUUCUUCAGUUGCUGGCAUAACCACCGGUUAUAAAGGAAUGCAACAAGAUUUACACAUUGGAAAUGCCAUCCUUGAUGAUUGCAACAUGGAUUGCAACUGUCCAGCUAAAACAUGGGACCCCGUGUGUGGAAGCAAUGGUUUGUCAUAUAUGUCAGCUUGUCUUGCUGGUUGUGAGACAUUUGUUGGAACAGGACUGAACAUGGUGUUCCAUAACUGUAGCUGCAUUCAAACCUUAGGAAAUUCAUCUGCAGUUCUUGGGCUGUGCGACAAAGGACAUGACUGUUCCAUGAUGCUCCAGUACUUUUUAAUCCUGUCGUCAGUCAGCAGUUUCAUUUACUCUUUAUCUGCCAUACCUGGAUACAUGGUUCUCCUGAGGUGUAUUAAGCCUGAAGAGAAGUCUCUUGGUGUGGGAUUACAUGCAUUUUCCACAAGAAUAUUUGCUGGAAUCCCUGCACCUAUAUAUUUUGGAGCUUUAAUGGACUCCACAUGUUUACAUUGGGCAACUUUUAAAUGUGGUGAGUCAGGAGCAUGCAGGAUAUAUGAGUCCACUAACUUCAGACACCUCUACCUUGGAUUGCCAGCAGCACUAAGAGGAUUAAGCUAUAUUCCAGCCAUUUUUAUCCUAAUUAUUUUGAGGAAGUAUCGUAUACCUGGUGAAAAUACCACUUCAGGAACUGUGCCUGCAGAGGCAAAGGUUACAGGGAAUGAGGGCCAAGAAAUGGACCAAACUUGCAAAAUUUUGAAUAAUAAUGUAUUGAACACUAAAAUGUAAUAUCCUAUUAUUCAUGUUUCCCAGAGUUGGAGAACACACUAUAACUUAAUUGUUUGUAAAAAUCAAUAGAGGUACUGCAGGUAACCUUUUCUUGUCUUAGAACCUAAAAAAAGUUUUUUUUACUUAAGGUAAAAAGAAAAAAGUUCACUGAUGGUAUUUCUGAGCCAUCAACGGCACUUGAGGUUUUCCUUAGAUGGACAUUUAUAACAACCUUAAGAACUGGAGAUUAGAGCCAGCUUUAUUAUUUAAAAAUAUUUUGUUAAUCUUCGCCCAAGAAUCUAUUUCUAUUAAUUUCUUUAGAUAGGAAGGGA